UGCCCGUUCCGUUGCCUGCUCCGAGGAGUAGAGCGCUGGUCGCGGCGGGCGGCGCCGCUGUCCGGGAGGGAGCGGCGGCGGGACGGGGAGCGCGGAGCGGGGCGGCGGCGGGGGAGCGGUAUGGGCGCCUGACGCCCGGCCCGUCCCGCCGCCGAGGGACGAUGGCGCGGCCCCGCGGCGGGCGGUGGUUGCUGGGCGUCCUCCUCGCCUUGUGCCGUUUGGCCGCGCCGCUCGCCAAGAGCCUGGAACCGGUUUCGUGGAGCUCCGGUAACCCCAAGUUCAUGACUGGGAAGGGGCUCAUCAUCUACCCGGAGAUUGGGGAUAAACUAGACAUUAUCUGCCCCAAGGCAGAGCCGUCCAAGCCUUACGAGUACUACAAGCUGUACCUGGUGAAGAAGGACCAGGCAGAUGCCUGCAGCACCGUCAUGGACCCCAAUGUGCUGGUGACGUGUAACCGGCCCGAGCAGGAGAUCCGCUUCACCAUCAAGUUUCAGGAGUUCAGCCCCAACUACAUGGGCUUGGAGUUCAAGCGGCAGCAGGAUUACUUCAUCACAUCCACUUCCAACGGGACGCUGGAUGGCCUGGAGAACCGCGAAGGAGGGGUCUGCCAGACACGCUCCAUGAAGAUUGUCAUGAAAGUGGGGCAGGAUCCCAACGCGGUGAUCCCAGAGCAGCUGACGACGAGUCGGCCGAGCAAGGAGUCCGACAACACCGUGAAAAUUGUCACGCAGAGCCCGCGCAGCAAGGUCCCUGCGGUGGAGGAGCCCGGCAAGCCGGGCUCCGUCAACCAGGACGGCCAGGAGACCCACGGUACCAGCGAUGGCUUCUUGAGCUCCAAGGUGGCUGUCUUCGCGGCGAUCGGCGCCGGCUGCGUCAUCUUCAUCCUCAUCAUCAUCUUCCUCGUCGUCCUCCUGAUCAAGAUCCGCAAGCGGCACCGGAAGCACACGCAGCAGCGAACCGCAGCCUUGUCCCUCAGCACCUUGGCCAGCCCGAAAUGCAGCGGGAAUGCGGGCUCCGAGCCCAGCGACAUCAUCAUCCCCUUACGGACUACAGAGAACAACUACUGCCCGCACUACGAGAAGGUGAGCGGGGACUAUGGGCACCCCGUCUACAUUGUCCAGGAGAUGCCCCCCCAGAGCCCAGCCAACAUUUACUACAAGGUGUGAGGAGCAGCCUGGGCAAGCCGCCGAUGCAGGAGCACGGGAGCGCCGAGCGUGGGGGGCAGACGCCCCCCGGGUCUCCCCGCGGGCAGUCUGGCGCCGGGAGGGAGGAAGCAAAACGAACCCCACGGCACGGCGCGGGGAGCGCCGGGGUCCGGCGCCGGAGCGCGGAUGGCUCGCGCGCUGAUUCUCCCCUUUGUAUUUAGUUUUGUAGUUCUCAGCUUUUGUAAUCCCGAGACUCGAGGGUGAGCCUUGAGCAUCCUCCUCUUCUUCUCCGGACUGCGGCUGGCCAGGGGGUGGGCACCGUGCCUUUCCAACCUCGCUCAGACGCCGCCUGCAAACCCGGAGACUCUACCUGCCCUUUUCAUUUUGGGAUUUCCCUGCUUCACCCGUACGUCCUUGCGUGAAGCGCCCGCGCGCCUGGCGCCGCAUCGGCCACCGCUUGGGUCCCGGAGCCUGGACCGACGCUGGGGCCGUGGUGAGGAGCCUCGGUCCGAGGAGGAACGAGCAGCCACGGGGGGAAGAGGAGGAUGCUUUGCCUAGGUGCCAAGAUGCAGACAACUGUGCAGGGAGGAAGCUGGCAAACCCGAUUUACUACUACUACUAUUAUUAUUAUUAUAAUUAUUUUAAUUUUUUGUAACAUUUUUAUUUUUGUGAAUUCCGGGCGGGACUCCGGCCCGCCGCCUGCCGCCUUCGGGCACACGCCGUCGCCUCCUUCCAGCACGCCAUCCCGCCGGCUGCGGGGUAGACCCCGCUGCUCCCGCCGCUGCCCUUUUAAACUUUUGUGUUCGUAGCUGUUGACUCUUGUUUUAGCCUCUUUAUAAAAAGAAAGAAAGAAAACAAAAUAUAUCUAUACCAUGUCUCAAGCAUUCAGUGCGCGAGAGUCUGGGAGCUCCUCCUGCCCGGCGCGGAGCAGCAGCCUCGGCCCGGCAGCUCUCCCCGACCCCCCGAGGGUGUCCUGCUGCAGAGGAGGAGUCUUUGCUGAGGGUGUCCGUCGGGCUGGGGCUGAGCCUGCUGGAAGCGAAGUGGGGGGCGGCGGGAGGGCAGGGGCUAGCUGCAGCCCCCGGUCCUGUCCCCCAGGUGGUGGUGCUGCGGGUGGCUGUCCUUGGAAAGGAAAACUGGAAAACAAACGUUCCCGGCUCGCUGGGAGGAGCUGGGGUGCGAGGAGGAGGACAGUGCUCAGGGCUGGAAGCCCCCCGGAGGCAUCCCUCGGGCCGGCUGUGGCACCGGGCUUCGCUUGGUUAGGAGCUGAGCCGAAGGCUUCUCCACCCGCCUGGUUUACCAGGGCGACCCGGUGUCCCUCUGCGGGACCUGCCUUUGGGGACCGGCCCCCAGCGGUGCUCCGGGCGCAGGAGCAUCACCCAGCCGUGCCGCCUCCCGGGGUCCCGCAGCCCGGGCUCGCUCUGUCCUUGCCUUGCCCAUCCCCUGCCCAAAACUGGAAGGGGUUGAGCCUUGGGCUCUUCUGGUGGGAUCAUUCCCAGCUUCCCGUUCCCAGGAGGAUCCGCCAGCACCGCAGCUGAUGCCGGUGAGCACAGCGGGGCUGGCGGUGCCCGUGGCUGUGCCAUGCCGCCUGCCUGCCCGCAGGCUGUCCCAGCCUGGGGGCCGGUGGCUGCCCCCUCCUUCCUCACUUUCUUUUCCGUCCAGAAGUAGCUGCUUUUGCUCAGGGAGCAAGCGUGGGGCAGGCGGUGCUGCUCCGCCGGGGCGGCUCGCCACACUGCCGGGUGCUGGGUUUGCGGUGGCACGGGGAUGCCUGGCCUGGUUUGUCCUCGCCUGUCCCCGGGGCCCCGAAACCCACGUUAGGAAGUGCCCAAAGAGCGAGAGAGCUGCUCUGCAAAAGUGCCUUGACGAGGAGCGGGCAGGGGCGGCAGGAGGGGCAGAGCGGGGGACGGUGAAACCCGGCGCCUCGGAUGCUGCGCUGGGGGUUUGGCUGCGGUCCUGAGCGGGAUGGGAGCGUGCCUCGGUGUCGAGUUGUUGGUUUUUUCUUUUUCUUUUUGUUUUUUCUUUUAAAGGCAGGAGUUGGGGCUAGAGCAGAGCAGGCUGCCCCAGCUCCCUCCUGCCCUCGGCAUCCCAUGGUGAGGAUGGCUUCCAGGCCCCUAAACUGGGGCUGGGGGAGAAGAACCGCAGCGGGUGCUCCCCCCUGCCCAGCCCUUCUCCCUGCUCCCCCGGCCCCCACCACCCACCGCAGCCCCCCUGUGUAGCAUCUUUCAGGCCCUGUGGCUGCGUCCAUGCCAGCACUGCCCACCCUGAGCUGCUGCUGCUGCUGAAGGGCCGGGAGCCACCCCAGCCAGGACCCCCCCUUCCCUGCUGGGGGACGGCGUCUGCUCUGAGAAAUCACAGAAAAUCGUGUCUUAAAGAAAAUCCCCCUUUCCCUCUUCCAUCUGCAGAAUCACAACCCGCAGUUCCCAAAGCGGGCAGAGCCGCGGCGUGGCGGCGGCGGUGGCGGUGGAGGAUGCUCUGGCGGUGGGGAGUUUCCCCCCGCAGCGGCGGGCGUGGAGGAGGCAGACGGGGGCUGCUCUAGUUUUGGUUCGUUUUUGGAGGGGAAAGGAAGGAGUCUGGCCACGGGUCGUACCAAAAGCAAGCCGCCGGCGCGGGGUGGCUUCCCACGGUGGCUCUGUCCCCAGCGGGCUGCGGCCCCCGUCAGCUCCGCUCCUGUAACUGGGGGCAGCUGAGAAACGUUGUAAAUAUGUGAAGAAAGGGUGAAAUCUGAACUCUUGGUUUUUGCUGAGCACCUCAGCCUGCUGGGUCCUGAAAUGGAGUGUGUCCCUUUGGUUCUUUUCAUUGAAAGCAUUGAAAUUUGGUUGGGGUUUUGUUUUUUUUUUUUUCCUUUUUUUUUUUUUCUGUUUUGUUUGUGUAAAUACUAGUCUUUUUUGGAAGAAAUAAUGUAAAGAUGUUUUGUAUAAACUCUGAAUUAUUUUCUGGUUGCUUUUUCUUAGAAAAACAAAUGAGAACUAAAAAAAAAAGAAAAAAAAAAAAAAGAAAGAAAU